AUGAGUGCUUAUUCUUCUUCGUCUAAUGAAGAUGAUAUGAUUUUGAACUCAUUCGUUAGUGAUGCUUCCACUUCGGAAUCCUUUAACGACGAGGAAAACUUUUCUUCAAGUGAAGAUAAAGGUUUGAGAAGAAAUUUGAGUCGUUCCCAAAAUUUUGUGGAAAUAAUUGUGCCUUCGUAUAAUCAAAAUCAAUUUAAAAAACAUUUCCGAAUAUCUAGAACAACUUUUAACCACGUAAUAAAUUUAAUUUCUUUAAGAAAUGUUCUUCCUUCUUCAGCAGCUGGUCGAAAAAACGUUAGUUGUGAAAAAGGCUAA